AUGAGAGGAUUGGUGAACAAGCUCGUCUCGAGAUCUCUCUCCGUCGCCGGUAAAUGGCAGCAGCAACAGCUUCGCCGUCUCAACAUCCACGAAUAUCAGGGUGCUGAGUUGAUGGGGAAAUAUGGAGUUAAUGUGCCUAAAGGAGUCGCUGUUUCUUCGUUGGAUGAAGUUAAAAAAGCUAUCCAAGACGUUUUCCCUAAUGAAAGCGAGUUGGUUGUUAAGAGCCAGAUUUUGGCUGGUGGAAGAGGUCUUGGAACAUUCAAGAGUGGUCUUAAGGGUGGUGUUCACAUUGUUAAACGUGAUCAGGCUGAAGAUAUUGCUGGAAAGAUGUUAGGACAAGUACUUGUCACCAAACAAACUGGUCCUCAGGGCAAAGUAGUUAGCAAGGUUUACUUGUGUGAGAAAUUGUCACUCGUCAAUGAGAUGUACUUUUCCAUAAUUCUGGACCGUAAAUCUGCUGGACCGUUGAUAAUUGCAUGCAAAAAGGGUGGUACCAGCAUUGAAGAUCUUGCUGAGAAGUUUCCUGACAUGAUUAUUAAGGUACCGAUUGAUGUAUUUGCAGGGAUUACUGACGAAGAUGCUGCCAAGGUUGUUGAUGGUCUUGCUCCCAAAGCUGCUGACAGAAAAGAUUCCAUUGAACAAGUGAAGAAGCUAUAUGAACUCUUCCGCAAGACUGACUGCACAAUGUUGGAAAUCAACCCCCUCGCGGAGACAUCCGCUAAUCAAUUGGUAGCUGCUGAUGCCAAAUUGAACUUCGAUGAUAACGCUGCUUUCCGACAGAAAGAGGUUUUCGCCCUUCGUGAUCCAACACAGGAAGAUCCACGAGAGGUGGCUGCUGCAAAAGUUGACCUGAACUACAUCGGUUUAGAUGGAGAGAUUGGUUGCAUGGUGAAUGGUGCUGGACUGGCCAUGGCAACCAUGGACAUCAUUAAAUUGCAUGGUGGUACUCCUGCCAAUUUCCUUGAUGUUGGUGGAAACGCUUCUGAACACCAGGUGGUGGAGGCGUUUAAGAUUCUGACAUCUGACGAGAAAGUGAAAGCAAUCUUGGUGAACAUAUUCGGCGGUAUAAUGAAAUGUGACGUGAUUGCUAGUGGAAUUGUGAAUGCUGCAAAAGAGGUGUCACUGAAAGUUCCAGUGAUAGUUCGUCUAGAAGGUACAAAUGUCGAACAGGGAAAGAGAAUCCUCAAGGAAAGUGGAAUGAAACUCAUAACAGCUGAUGAUUUGGAUGAUGCAGCCGAGAAAGCGGUAAAAGCAUUAGCUAAUUAA